AUGGCCUUGAGAAAUAUAUAUACGGGUGGUGCUUGCACUGCAGAUGGAACUUAGUAGAUGAGUUAAAAUCCAUUCAAGUAAUUCAUGGAUAGGAUGCUAUUCGGAUAAACUUAACAAUAGUAUAUAGUCAAUAUAAGAAUCUUAGAUAGAUAUAAUAGUAGAUAAAUGUCUAACAGGACCCAAUGGUGCAAUAGAAGUUGUAGGAACGCUAACGAUUAUUUGAGAGUAUGAACUAAUAAUGGGAUGUUAUGGCUAAAUAAUAUGAUUAAGCAAAUAUUGAAUAAAGGUAGAUGAUGGAAAAGAUGUUUGUGGAAGAGUAAAGGAAUUAUGAAUAAGCAAUGAUGCAGCAAUAGAUGAUGAUGGAUUUUUAAUGGCAACAAGCAGAAAUUUAAUAUUAAGCUGAUUAAAUGGCUUAAGAAUAUUAAUUUUAGGAGGCUUAUGAAAAUGCUGAGGAUUUAUAGGCUUAGAGUGAAAAAUCAUAAAAAUAUGCAGAUGAUUUGGUGUAAGCUUUAGAAAAAGAUCCUGACCCAAGAUUUUAAUAGUCUAAAUUUUUGAGGUUUAUGAAGGAUAUUUAGAAUGGAAACUUAAAACUAGUGGGCAAUGAAUUGCUCACAUAGAAAGGGGACAAAGUGGAAUAAUCAGCUUUGGAGAGAAUUUAGACAUUGGAAGAAGGAUGGGAUUAGGCUACUAAAAAUGUAGAAUAAAAGUAAUCUGAUUUAUCAGAAGUUGAAGAGAAAUUUUCAAAGAUGUGGGAUGAAAAAUUAGAAAAAUAUGAUAGUGAAUUACAAAACGAAGGUUAAUUUUAGAAGAAGCUUGAAGAUACUUAUUAAUAAAUACUUAAAGAAAUGGAGUAAGGAACAGAUAUUGAUAAAAUGUUCUCUGAAGCCUGGUAAGCAGCAUCUGAUUUAUAGGAAUUUGAACUCUAUAAAGACUCAAAUGAUACUUACAGGUUUUAAGAAAAUAAUAAGUAUUUGGCUAUGGAUUAUCCUCUACAAGCAGCAUUAAAUUUAGUGCAUUAAGGUUAAAAUACAGAAGCAAUUUUGGCUUUGGAAGCUCAUAUCCAAAAGAAUCCGGCAGAUUCUAAUGCUUGGAGAAUCCUGGGUAGAUUACAUCAAGAAAAUGACCAAGAUCAAAGAGCUGUGGCUGCCUUCUUGAAUGCUAUGAAAUAAAACCCAAAUGAACUAGAUACUUUGAGUGCCUUAGGUAUAUCUUGCACAAAUAUUUUGGAUGAAGUCAAAGCAAUGUCCUUUUUAAAAUAAUGGCUAAUCAAGAAUCCAAAUUACACGGUGCCUGUAGAUGAUAGCAUAGUGCCUGACAAUACCAAUAUCUAUGAUUAUACUUUAGAUUAAAUAAAAUGCAUGAAUGCAAGAAUGAUUCAAGUAUUUGAAGCAGCUCAUUAAUAAGGACCUAAUGAUGUUGAAUUAUUGAAUGGAAUAGCUGUACUAUAUUUCAUUGAAAGAAACUAUUAAAAAUCAGUUGAGAUCUUUAAGAAGGCUCUUCAAAUUGAACCAAAAAAUUAUUAGAUUUGGAACAAAUUAGGAGCCACUCUGGCACAUCUUGGUGAAGCAGAUUAAGCUAUGUUUUGUUACCAUAGAGCAUUGGAUCUUAGACCUAAUUAUGUGAGAGUUUGGGUCAAUUUGGCAUUUGCCUAUUCUUACAAGGGAGAAUAUUUAGAUGCUGCUAGGUUGUACUUAAGUGCACUUAUGAUUAAUCCUUAAGCUAGACAUAUAUGGGGUUAUUUAUAGACGGCAUUUUUAUAACUAUGUAUGUGUUAGAAUUAUAUCAAAUAGAAAGACCUGACUUAAUUUCAAAGAUUCAACAUUAUGAUCCUUUGUUAUUUAAAGAUGAAUUUUCUGUUACUAAUCCGAAUGAUUUGCCAGAACCUGAAAUUCUAUGUAAUUUUCUUUAGUUUAUAAAUUCCUAGAUAGAGAAGCUAACAACUUAUAUAUAUUUAAAAUGCCUGAGGAGGAAUGGCUAAAGACAUCUUAGAAAAAACCUUGAGAUUUACC